AUGGCUUCAUCGAUCCGCGCAAUUUCAAUGUCCCUCCCUCGCGUCUCAAUGGCUCGCAUCCCCCUUGUGGCAUUCACAAACACACACGCUGUCCCGACCUUAACUAACCAAGCCUACGCCCACGCCCACGCCAAUUCGACCCACCCCUCCGCCUACUCCUCCAUGCCCAGCCGCUCCAACUCCAACAAAUACACAAACGCUGCCGACAAGCUCGAACAAUCUGCCAAGAGCAUGAACAAAUCGACCAAGGACUAUCUUCGUGAGGUAAAGCAUUACGACAGUGAAGAGGAUGAAGUCAUGAUGAAGCUUGGCCUUGCCAUGAGCAGCAAAAGCAUCAAGCAACCCAACAACACUGGAACCCAUGCGAACACGAACAAACACACAGGAAACCAAAGUGGAGGCAGGAAGGCGCAUGAGAGACAGACGGAGGGCACGUUCGAGGAGUCGUUGAGUUCGGAUAUCCAGGCGGAUGUGACGCAUCCUGCGGGCAAGGGGUUCCAUCAUGCCGAUCAGCAUCAUCAGCAAGAGCUGAUUUCCAGCCUCUGCGAAGAGCUGAAGCAUGCGUCCGAUGCGAUCCGGAUGGUCGAGUCGCACAGCAUUCUGAAGCAGGACAAGGCCCCCGUCCACAAUGUCCGUGACGAGGACCCCGCUGAGAAGGCUGCCCAUUACCAGAAGCGCCACUAA